AUGGCUGCCGUCAUGGCAGAAGUCCCUCUUGUUGCAGAUGGUGAAUUUGCUGUGGGGAUGGAAUUCAGUUCAAGGGAAGCUGUUAUUAGGGCGAUGAAAGAGUAUGCCAUCCAGAGAAGUGUAGACUAUCGGGUGUAUGAGUCAGAGCCGAUGACCUUUUAUGCCAAGUGUACACAGUAUGGGGAGGGGUGUGAUUGGCUUAUCAGGGUUAGCAUGAUCAGCAGAAAAUACUGUUGGGUUAUUAGGAGGUAUAAUGAUAGUCACACCUAUACCAGAGCCACCAUUUCUCAGGAUCAUUCGAAGCUGGAUUCUAACACAAUUGCAGAAGCAAUAAAGCCGUUGGUUGAGGCUGACCUCUCCUUAAAGGUAAAAUCAGUUAUUGCAGAAGUGCAAUCGAAGUUCAAUUACACUGUCAGUUAUCGGAAAGCAUGGUUGGCUAAGAAAAAGUCAGUAGAAAAAAUAUUUGGAGGUUGGGAAGCAUCGUACGAAGCUUUGCCGAUUUGGUUUGAGGCCAUGUGUCAUAAGGAGCCAUCAACUAUCGUUCAUUUUGAGACUAUGCCUGCAUACCAAGGCGAUGACUUAGUAAAUGAUAUCCGGGUGUUGCAUCGAAUCUUUUGGAGUUAUUACCCCUGCAUUAGAGCAUUUAGAUAUUGUAAGCCAGUUGUCCAAGUGGAUGGGACUCACUUGUACGGAAAGUAUAAGGGUUGUUUGUUAGUGGCAGUGUCACAUGAUGGUAACAACAAUAUCAUCCCAAUUGCAUUUGCUAUUGUGGAGGGAGAGACUUCUGAUGCGUGGCACUUUUUCCUUAGUAACCUGCGACAACAUGUUGUGACUCGGGAUGGUGUGGGGCUGAUAUCUGACCGACACGAAUCCAUCAAUGUAGCUGUGGCUCGCAGUAACGGAGCAUGGUCACCUCCCGAGCUUUCCAUAUGUUUUGCAUCAGGGUAUUCGAGGACGGUGCGCGAGUACGAAGUGCGUUAUCAGCGGUUACGAGAACGGGGCGAGGCUUACACUAACUGGUUAAAUCGAAUCUCCCGGGAACAGUAUGCAUUAGCAUUUGAUGGUGGCUACCGAUGGGGUCACAUGACGACGAAUUUAGUAGAAUGCAUCAACUCAGUCUUGAAGGGUGCACGCAAUCUCCCCAUCACUGCACUUGUCAAAGCAACAUUCUACAGGCUUAAUGAGUUGUUCACUAGAAAAAGAUCUGAGGCGGAGGCUCGGAUUAGUGCUGGUCAUAUUUUUUCUGAACUUGUGACCUCAAAAUUGCAUGCAAACCAACUUGCAUCAGGGAACAUCCAGGUUAAUUGCUUCGACAGGCAGAAUGAGGUCUUUGAAGUGCGUGAGAUACCAAGUGGGUUGAAGUAUGCCGUUGACCUUCGUCGGCACCGAUGUAACUGUGGUGAGUUCCAGGUGGACCGGAUUCCGUGUCGGCAUGUGUUUGCAUGUUGUGCAAAUCAAAGACUAGAUUGGCAAGUGUACGUUCAUGAUGUGUAUAAGAUGGACCAAGUUCGACGGGUUUACCGAGCUAUGUUUAGGCCACUGGGGACCCAACUAUGUGGCCUGCAUACAACGGGCCGCGAUUCGUACCGAAUCCGUACCUCCGGCGCGUAA